AUGGCAACUCCCAGAAAGAAUGAAGAAGGCCAGGACGAUGAUCUAAGCAGGCUCCUCCUCAAACUGCACGUCAAGCAUCCGAACAGCGAUGUCUUCGCGGACAUGGCUGAUUCCAGAAUCACCGCAGAGCAGAGGAUCAUGGAGCUUCAGCUGGAGCAGAUGGACAAGGAGCUGAAAGAGCUCAGGCAGAAACGGAUCGAGUACUGGUCGGUUCCAAAUCAGCUGUCGUCCAGGUUUCACCUGCCCGAGCAUCACCAAGUCGUGGACAUCCUGGAACUCCGCAAGAAGAGGUUGCAGUGGACUCAAGCUCACUCAACGCUUCCUAGUGGAUCGCAGAAGCCGCACGAGUGCUCCCAUGCCCAGCAGCUCCUCGAGCAAGAUCUCAAGCGCCUCAAGGAGAGGAUGAACACGGUCGAGGUGAUGGGGCCGAUGCUGAUGAAGUUCUGUUCCGACCACUGCCAGAGGAUCGCAAGGAGGAAGUAUGCUUACCUGCGCCGAGUUGCCAACCACUGUAGGAAUUCAGAAAUGCUCGACAAAGUCUCGGAGCUGCUCCGUGGUCGGCUGGAGGCACUGGAUGAUGAGUAUGCGGUAUUGAAGGAAGACAUGUUGAAGAUGAAUCAAAAGCUCCCCGUGGCACUGAGAGCGAUCGCUGCUUCUAAGACUGACCCGCAGUCCCUUGCAAGCCUGGAAGCCAUGUCAAAGUCCAAGAAUGCCCCGCGACUGGACGAUGCUGAAGUCCAGCUGGCAGUGACGAUGCCGCUGGAGAAGUCAGCCCUGCAGAUGUUCCUCAGGUGGAUGGUCAGCGAAGUCAGACUCCACAAGAAGGUAUCAAGGUUCUUUGCCAAGUUUCAAUGGCUGGUCUACUCCCAGCGCUACAAUCUCCUGCGCAAGUCCAAGUCGCUCCUGUCAAACGGGUCCGGCUCCUCCGACGUGGCUGACCACCUUCAGCUCCAGCAGGCGAGCAGCUCGUUGGGUGCUGGGUCCGGCAGAGUUCGUGUCCCUACCAUGGUCACCAAUGUCGAAAGGCUGACCUCCCUUCUCAACAACCUCAAAGUCCAUCUGAAGGCCUACGCCGAGCUCGACACUGAGAACGCGCAGCAGUUCUCUUACACCAUGAAGACUCUCCUUUCGAAGUUGCACGUCAUCCAGACGGCUGACUUCACCUUCCCUCCCUACGAUACGACGCUCGUAGGCAAGUACAUGCCUGUGCCGAGCUUCGGGGAGGCGGACGAUUUGCAGCGGGGCAAGACGGGAGGGCUGAUCUCGGGCGUGGACAAGGCUCAGAUCGAAACGACUUUCAUGAAACCGGCGGGAUGGAGGAAGCAGAUGCCGUUGAAGCCUGUGGUCGGCACCAUGCAGAAGGAGCAGGAGGCAUACCUCAUGAGCAUGCGCGAGACUGACCUGGACCACCUGCUGCGAGCGGAGGCGGAGGCCGUGCUGGAGGGCGACCUGGAGGUUGUAGAGAAGCGGCUCUCGGAGCAGAUCAUGACCCAUAUGGACCGUGCGUUCGCGCAAGCUGACUCCGAGCUGGGUACUGGCAAGGCGCUGAUGGGAGGUGUGAAGGCGACUGCAACGUCAGGGAACCAAGGCCUGCCAGCCGAGCGCCUUGCUCCCCUAUACCAGAUGCGGUUGCUGCAGAUUAGGCAAGCGCGGAGGAGGCUGACGGGAGUGCUGAACUACUUCCGGUCUGUGGAGAGGAGGUUGUGCCUCGAUGCCUUCGGUUUCGCGUUCCCCCUGUCGUCGAAGAAGUCAGAGCCCUCGGUGAGGUCGGAGAUGUCCGACCGGACGAUGCAUGAAGAGCUGACCAAGGAAUCCUCCAUCUCGCUGGAUCAUGCUUCACACCAGGCUGACAGCUUCUCUGCCAAGCGACAUGAAUCGCUCAAAUCUGACCCGAACCUGUCGGUGAAGUCUGUGGAGGAGGUGAUGACGUACGAGUCCGUCCAGAGUCGGGACGACUCGUACUCGGUCGACUCAGAGGACAUUGUGAGGGUCAGAGAUGCUACCGGCACGCAGAUCCUGUACGAUGUCGUCGUAGAAGACCUGAAGAUAGUCCAAGAUCGGAUGAUCAGGAUCGGGCAGCACUACCUGAAGCUGUUCGAGACCAAGUUCAAGGAGAAGGGAGUCCCAGACCGUGUCUCGCUCCUUGAGGACCUGUACCAGAGCGAGGCGACUUACUACGAGAGCCUGAAGCUCGUGGUGGACGUCUACCUGGAGUCGUACGAGCACUGUGUGGACAAGGACAGUCAGGCAAGGAUGGCGCAGACUAUCAUGGACGUGAUGGCCCGCCGGCCCCUGCUGGACCUUGACGUGCCGUACAUGGUAGAGUCGUACUCCAACGAGACCGUCGCUGUGCAGAUGGAGGCCUCCCUCUUGCGGGAGAUGAUGAUAGCGCAGAUGGGGGAGGAGAGGUUGUAUCGCAACACCAUCGCUGCUCGGAACUCUACCCGCCCCAAGGACAAGAUGCUGGGGUUCCCCCCCGAGCUCUUCCAGCCUGUCACCCAUGAGCACCUGCUCUGCGAGAUUGACUUGGUCUACCCCACACCCGGAAGCUACGGGGUUGGGAUCCUCGACGUCUAUCACAGUCUUGACAAUCUGCUCGGCUUCAACGACCUCCUCAACGCCGUGCUGAACGAGAUGGUCUUCGUGCACAAGCUCAAGCCUGGAUCGAGCACAGCAGCGAUGAGGACGGCAAUCCUGCAGCAGGGGCUCAUAGAGUGGAGGCUGCUGCUUGAGGAGGAGGACCUCGCCGAAGAGAUACGGAAGAAGGCGGCGGGCACAGGGAGCAGGCCGUAUGCAAAUAGCUUUGUGAUCGAUGACCCGUUUGCUGUGGAGGAGAUCAUUGACGACGUCGCGAUGACAAGGAGGAAGGAUUACGAGAGCUCAGCGAAGAAGCAGGAGCAAGCGAAGAAGUCGGACCCGAAACGACCUGUUGCGUCAGAGGAGACGCUGCUCUUCGAGGAGGACAUACACGAGAAUGCUCUACUUCAGGUUCAGAUGGACGCCAUCGAGGCGGUCAUCCUGAGGAAGAAGCUGCUCGACUACUCGUACGAGACUGACAUCCUUCAGCUCUCCUACAGGAUGCAGGCUGAGACCUACGGGAAGGACGUGGGACGGCAGCCUGCUCCUCUCGAUUUCGCCCAUCCCUCCGACGUCUCCGGCGGCUCGAGGAUGCGAGCGCCGCCCGACGAGGUCUCGAGCAUGGGGGCUGACUCGGUGACCCACCUGGCCAUCGCUGAGUUUGACACGUCACUGGCCAUGUUCGACUUCCAGACUUAUGACGGGAUCAAGGAAAUCUUGAACCUUGGGGGGGUCUUCGCCCUCCGCCAGGCCCUCCGCUUCCAGGCUCUGGAGCUGGGAACACUCGUGGUGGCGAUCGAGUACAACCAGACAUGCCUGGAUCGGUGCAUGGAGUCAGUGAUACUGAAGGAGGACGCGCUUACCGGCUCCUCCUCCUCCAUCUCCUUCUCAGCAGGGGGAGGGCACAAGGGGUUUGUGCCUCUGAACGCUCCCACAGCGAAGAAGAAGCAGGAUGCGGCGGAGAUAGCGGAGAGGAACGCGAAGAUUGCGCAGGAGGUGAAGAAGUUCCAGCAGGAGGAGGUGAACAAGAUCAGCGAUCACUUCCUGCAGGUCAGGGAGCUCAAGAUUCAUAGGAGGGAGAACAUCCUUGACAAGUUCAACCACAAGUCUGCCUCCAUUCCCUCCUCGGGCCCCAAUGCCAAGAACCAGGUCCGGGCCCUCAAGUAUGAGCUCCUCGACGAGUACCUCAAGGCCCUCCUCUCCGACCUCGAAGUCUUUUCUGUCAAGCCCCUCAUCUCCCGUGUCGCCGACAUGCUCUACCGCCAGGCGAUCCGCCUCCCGAAGCCCCGCCUCCUCUUCAGUCAGAGCGUGGACCCCCAGGCCUCUACCAUCACGCAGGCCCGGCCGCUGGAGGUGGCGGAUGAGAGCGGCAAAGAUAUGUCCAUCUUCGCCAGCGACCUCAGCCUGGUCAGCCUGUGGCGGAUCCCCCACCCCAUCGAGGUGCUGGACGAGCUCCCGAAGGAGCCAAGGACUCUCUCCUCCUACCUCCACUGCCUCUGGGCCCUUCACAACCUCUUCACCAUCAUGUCGGCGUACGCUCGCGCCCUGCCUGUGCCGCUGGUGAGCACGAGGGACUCAGUGGUUGGGUACGAGAAGGUACAGGCGUUCCUGGGACAGGUCAAGUCCAACAUCGACGGUCUGCCCGACAGCUCUAGAGUCUUCGACGUGGCAUCCUUCCUCAACAUGAUGCAGGAGUUGCUGCUGGGCAAGUACCUCCUCUCCCUGCAAGGCCUCCAGCACAAGCUCCUUGCUGAUCCAGAGCUCGUCCAACAUGUGCCGGUGGUCAAGACCGCGAUGCACGAGAUGGAAUACCCCCUACAUCCUCCUCCCGCUUCGUUCCCCAUCUCCUUCCCGCACGGUGGAGAACUUUCCUUCUCCUCUGCCAGGAUAGACAAGGGCCCCUUCCUCUACUCUCCCAUCCCCGAGCCUUACUGCGAGGUCGGCCUGCCUUUGACGUCACUCCCGGAGAGCGAGAGGACGAUGCUCAAGUUGGAGUGGGAAAAGAUAGAAGGUACUCUCCUCGACACGAUGCAGCAGCGAGGAAUCUUUCUAGCGACAGCUCCCCUGCAGGCCGUGCAGGUGCAGAACGAGGUAGUGAGGACGACGCUGGAGCUCAACAGGAUGCGGGAUGAACUCAGCAGGCUGUACCUGAAAAUCCAGGAGCCUCGGGACCCGACUGAGCUCAAGGAGUGGAUGAAGGUGUACGAGGAAAGGGUGCUGAAGCGACUGGCGCUGGCCAAGGUCAGGGCAGAGAAGACGCAGGCGGACCAUCAGGCGGCGGUUCUGAUCUCGGGGGACUCGAACACCAGCAGUGCCAAGGCGAAGGUUGCUGAGAAGGCCAUGAUGGAUGCAGAGUUGCUGAGUACGGAGCUGUCGCAAAGGAUCUUUCUCGUCCGGAUCCUCCACGACGAGUGUUGCAAGUUCUUCCUGAGCCAGGAGACGGCAGCGGCAAUGAGGCGCCAUGCCGCUGCUACAUCAGCUAUCGACGAGAUGGCGCUUGCUGGACCGCAGAAGGGGACGGGGAGGAAGGAGAGCGUGCGGGAGCCGCAGACUGUGGUGGAGGCGAGGGAGGAGCAGGGGAAGGUGGAGAUGCUCGUGGAGUUCCUCAAGGCUGUGCGCUCGUGCGCGCGGGAGGAGAAGGAGACCACGAAAGGAGGAAGGAUGGUGCUGGUGUUGAGCAAGGAGAACUUCUACCAACUCAUUGAUGUGCUCGCUAGCCGCCUCCGCGCAUGGAACGAGACGAGAACGCAGGAGGCAGUGAGGAGCAUCGAGAUGGAGAACGUGAACCUGAAGCACCUGCUGUACUUGCAGGAGCGGAACAUGCAGUACAAGGAGGCGCUGCGGGAGCGGGAGCAGCAGAGCAUGGCGAGGAGGAUCGACGUUGCGGUGAAGGACCAGUGCUACUCGCUGCUGUUCAAGAUCGACACGCUGGAGAGAAAGUUGGAGGAGUCGAACAAGAACCUGGCGGAGAUGGAGAAGAGCGUGAGGGACAGGCUGAAGAUCGAGUUCGAGGACUUGGUGAAGGACCUCGGGACUCAGCUGACCAUGGUGCGGUCGCAGUUCAAGGAGUACAGGGAGAGCUUGCAGCAGGACAUGAAGUCAAAUCUCCACGACAUCAAGAAGGAGGCCAUGAUUAAGUUCGCUAAGACCGGCUCAGCUCCGAUCGAGCUGAAGAGGAUGACGCUGAAGAUGGCGCAUACGGAGGACACGAUCGAGGACCUGACGAUCGAGAACUCGGAGUUGAAGCGAGCCCUCCUCAAGGUCAGGACCAUGAACUCGGUCAAGGACCUCAGCAUCCGCAUGAGCUACGACAAGCGCCUCCAGGUGAUGCAGACUGAGAAGCUCGAGGCAUCCCGGGAGCUCUACCAGGACAAGGCGGAGACGCAGAAGCAGAUGGAGGUCAUGCAGACUAGGCUGCAGGAGACUAACCUGGCGCUGGCGGCCGCGGAGGCCGAGAGGGACAAGCUGAGAAAGGAGCUGGACCUUGCCAACAGGAACAAGCAGUCGCUGCUGACGUGGAAGGUGGCCAAGAGCCAGCAGCUGGCGGACCUCGAGGCAAAGGUCAAGAAGUACGAGAAAUGGUCAGGCCACGACGUUGACAAGCUGCUGCUGGACAUCGAGAGGAAGGAGGCGGAACUCAAGACCCUUCACGCCCAUGACCCCACGGACAUCGCGCGGCAUCGCGCCAUGCUGGACGCGAACAGCAAGAAGGAGGUGGAGAAGCUGAGAAAGCAGCUGCAGCAGGAACAGAGGCUCAAGCUGGAGGCCUUCCAGAAGCUCGACGAGCUGAGAAACGACUUCAGGUGGGAGGAGUACUUCGAGUCCGUCGACGACAAGCAGAGCGUUCUGUCCUACUGGAAGCGGCGCUUCAUAGAAUGCUCAGCCUCCCUUCAAAAGUCCGUGGAGGAGAACGAGCGGCUGAUGGAGGCGAUGACAGCAGCUGGCCUUGACCUCCCCGAGGACGUCAAGCAGAGCAGGGCGCAGUCCUCUGCUCACACUGGUUCUGCUCUGCCCCCUCCUCCUCCCACCCUCGGCUCCUCCUCCUCGUUCCGCCCCCAGUCUGCCCCCGUUGCUCGUCCUGUGAGCGGGAGGAUCAAGUCUCGUCGACCUCUCAGCGGUGCUGUCCUCCCCGGCUCAGAUGUCAUCUCAAGCGUACUACAUGAGACUCAGGUCAAUAUCCUGCUGCUGCUGCUGCUGCUCGUGCUCGUGCUCGUGCUCGUGCUCGUGCUCGUGCUCGUGCUGCUCGUGCUGCUCGUGCUGCUCGUGCUGCUGCUGCUGCUGCUUCUCCUGAUCCUGCACCUCGUCGUCGUCGUCGUCGUCCUCUUCCUCCUCCUCUUCCCUUUGUCUUCUUCUCGUCUCCAUCCUCUCCCUUGCUCUUCACUUUUCUCUCUCCUCUUCGGCUUUUCUGUUCUGGCAAUCGACGAGAAAGCCAUUCUCAACCCAGUGAUUUCAUCUAAGAAGCUGAGCCUUCCCAGCGCCGGUUCUCGUCCAGGAACUUCGCAGGGCAACAAGACGAGCGCGUCGCCCUCUGGCUUGUUACCGAGGUGA